AUAAGAACAGUUUUCCUCCGAAUUCUUUUAUUGGCAUUAACGCUAAAUGGUGCAAUUGUAACGAAUUUUUACGCUUUACAGUUCAUUGCGCCAUCCGAUAUGACUGCUAUUUUCUCUUCGACUGCUGCGUUUGUUUAUAUUCUUUCCAUCAUACUAUUGAAAGAACAAUUUAUUCUUCUUAGGGCUGGAGCUGUAAUUUUAUCUAUUAUUGGUGUUGUGUUAUUUGCAUAUUCUGAUGGCUUUGGAACCUUUGCGAUAAUAGGCGUAGUAUUAGCUGUUGCUUGCUCUGUUAUAAGCGCAUUCUAUCGCGUUUUCGUAAAAUUAAUAAUUGGCGACAGGCCGCUCCUUCAGAUAUCAUUACUAGUUUCCAAUAUUGGUGUAAUAUCGCUCUUCUUAUCUUGGAUACCAGUAAUUAUACUAAGCAAUAUCGGCGUUGAUAUAAAUUUAUGGUCUACUAUUCCUUGGGGACCGCUAAUGGUAGCUGUUGUAUUUAAUGUAUUAUAUAAUUUUUUACUUGUAAUUGGGAUUGCCAUAACUUAUCCGAUAUUCGUUUCCCUUGGUGCACUUUUUGGAAUACCUUUAAACUCGAUUAUUGAUGCAGUAACACGCAAUUUAGCAUUUACGGAAGCCAAAAUUUUUGGUACGGUUUUACUUAUUUUAGCUUUCGUAAUCCUAUUAAUACCAACAGGAAAA